GACUAGAAUAACAAAGAUGGCGAUUCACUACGGCUCAUCCAGACGUGAUAAGAACUGUGAAAUGUUCAAGAGUUAACUAAAGAAACGGCGGUCUGCAUAGCAUCACAGAGAUAGCCAUUAGAAAGCCAUCGUAAUUUCAAGUGAGUGACUUUAGUGUCAUUGGAAGUUCAACAUGCCGUCUCCCAAAACUAAAAACCCAGGUCGCAGUGGAGGCAGCCAGGCUGUCGGCAGCUCCAGUGACCGCUUCGAGUUCGCGUCUCUGAACAAGUCUCUGCUCCAGCGCCAGGGCUCGGACCCCGCCACUGCCCGGCUGCGGGCUUCAGAGAGCCCCACGCGGCGCAGGGGCUCCAGCUCCUCCACGGGCUCCGCCAGCGGCCAGGGCCCUGAGGAGGACGGUAUACGGCUCAACCCGUCAUUCAUCCGGGUAGCGCUCAGCUCGCUUUUGGCCAUCGACCUGUGGAUGUCCAAGCGGCUCGGGGUGUGCGCCUGUGAGGACUCGUCGUGGGGCAGUGUUCGGCCCUUGAUGAAAUUGAUAGAGAUAUCCGGACAUGGCAUCCCGUGGCUGGCUGGUACCGCUUACUGCAUGUACAAGAGCGACAGUCCUGCUGGACAAGAAGUGAUGCUUAACCUCUUUAUGGGCCUACUGUUGGACCUGGUUUUGGUGGGUAUUGUUAAGGCCCUUGUGCGUCGGCGUCGCCCCUCUCAUAAUCGAAUGGACAUGUUUGCUACAUUUUCCGUGGACCGAUAUUCGUUUCCUUCGGGCCAUGCCACUCGAGCUGCGAUGUGUGGCCGGUUCUUGUCGGCCCACCUGGUUUUGGCCGCUCCUCUAAGGGUCCUGGUUCAGCUCUGGGUGGGAACCGUGGGUCUAAGCAGGGUGAUGCUUGGGAGACAUAAUGUGACGGAUGUGGCGUUUGGGUUUUGGAUGGGAUACUGCCAAUACAACCUGAUAGAGAUGUUGUGGAUCUCACCACAGACAUUGCAAGGGCUGCUGGGAUAUGUAGUUUAAUAUUGGCUCUGAGGGAAAGUAUAAUCAAUCAGAAGGUUAAGUAGUGAUUGUAACAGUUUAAAGAAGGAAGAAAAACAAGAGCAUGGUGACUUGGGGGUGAGCGAUAUGACAAUAUGAACUGUGAUCUGGCCUGACUCUGUGGUGGAUUUCCCAGUGAA